AAUGGACCAGGUGAUAACGUUUGAUAAAAGCCUGCAACAGCGUUUGCAAGAAUACAAUGAGGUGCUUGGGGGCUAUGAAGUUCUGCCGGCCUCUGCCAUCGCUAACGAGUGGGGCUUCUACCUGGACUUAACCCUGGAUCCGAACGGGUGGCAGGCGGUUUGGAAAAUCCAGCGCAAAACCUGCGAGGCCCUCAAUAUCGCCUUUCCGACGGUGGUGCUGGUUUUCGUCCUGGACGUGAGUUUCAAGGAGAUGACAGCGCUGGUCAAGGUCUUGGCUGUCCAGGACGACAUCCACAUUCCUGAGAAGCACUGGGUGCCCCUGAUCCAGCUGUGGCCCACGAAAGCGCAAGAUAAGAGCGUUGCCAUUAACUUGCACUCCACUGCGAACGUGCUGGACAUGCUGCGGUUUUUCUAUCACAAUUUGGUCAUGCCGUGGGAUUUCGAAGAGGAUGAUGAGGGUGACUGGAAAAGCAAGCAUCUGGAGCCCCGCUUGAGGCUGUACUAUGACCUGAAAAACGGGGUGAUACCACGGGUCACCGCCGAGCGCUUGCACUCCCUGAUGAGUGAAGCCAAGAGACUGGAGCAGAAAAGGGAGCAACUGGAGUCUGAACUUGACGAUUUGGAGAGCUGUGAUGGGGAUAAUGCUGCUGUCAACGACCCCACGGUUGAACAGUUGUCGGAGCUCCACAUUCGUCUGAUGGAAAUUAAAGGAGAAAUGGACAUUUUAGAGAACCCAAUGCUCAGGAAGGUUGUCAUCAAGAAACAGAAAGAGAUGGUUCCAGCUCACGAUGACACCAAACAGAACAUUUGGGUGAUUCAAGCCGAAAAUACGCUAGAUGACAGCAUUGAGUUCUUACAAAAAAUUAAAGCCUCGUACCCAACUGAGAUUGUAAGGUUUUCGCCACAGUUAUCCUCAACUUUAGAUUAUGCCAAUCCAAAUGAUGUAUUCAUUGUGAAAGAAGGCAAACACAUGAUCACAGUCACUGGGGCACUGGAACAUGGGGGGCUGUUAAAAGGAGUCUCCGCGACAGAAAACACAAUAUUAAGCUCCAAAACAGAGGACGUGAUGCUGGAUUUUAGAGGCGGGAACGUCGUUAUUGAAAAUAUGACCAUUGACGCGUCGUCCCCUCAGUGUGGAAUAAUCGUCCGCGGGGGCCAACUUACCUUAAUCAACUGUCGAAUAUAUGGGGAUGGAAAAUCAUCAACUCAUCAGGGAAUCCUCAUAUUGAAUGGAGCGAAUUUGCAAACAAUAAACUGCGAAAUUAGUCACUUUAGUACCGCAAUUGUCGGCAAUUCGGGGUCCAACGUAACCAUGGAGAGCACCGAAAUUCACAACUGCAAUUUAGGUCUGAAAAUCUACGAUAACUGUUGCGUGAAAGCGACAAAAGUGGCAAUUCAGAAUUGCAAAGAAUACGGGAUUUGCGUCGAAACUGAGAAUAAUAUUGAUGAUAGUCAUCAAAAAGUUGGCGAUUUUGAUACGUUAAACAUAAUUCCACAACUGCAAAUGGAAUUUAUAAGCGGGGACAAUAAUGCGAAAGGCGACGCUGUUAUCAACCAGAAAUCUAAGUUGAAACCGAUUGAAAACUUGUUCGAGAACCCCGAUUCCGAUCCGACGAUUUGUGUUGAUUCUGAUGAAGAAAUGGACACUCUUCAAACCACUGUGAUUGAGAAUAACUGCGACGGGAGAAGCUCUCCUGCUACAAUUUGAUAGCUUGUUUAUUAUCUUUUGCUUUCUCUUAUAAUACUCGAAUAGCCUAUUUAUGUUAAUCCACUAUUACAUGAUUGUUGAUUUUUGUUUAAAUACAUUUUGUUACUGCUGA